AUGGAGGCCAGUGCUUGCCGCUACCACAGCAACAAAGAGAACCUCCCUCCUUCCUCUGCCAUGGCAAAUCUGACGAACCCAGUUCCUGAAAAUGGGUCUUCUUCCAAGAAAUGUAAUAAGAAGACGAGAUUAAGGAGGAAGCCUCUUGCUGAUAUAACCAAUCUCUACAUUUACGGCAAUCAAUCAAGUUUCGGCCUUUCGGAUCAUCUACCAAGCGCAACUCUUCCCUUCUCUUCUUCCUCUUCCUCUGUCUCUGGCUCUGCAUCAAAUUCUCGGAAAAGAAAAUCAACCCAGGAGGACAAUACAAAUUCUAGUAAAGUCAACAGCUCCAACUCCAAGUCUCUGAGGAUGGGUUUCAGAUAA